AGCUAUAGGUGCUCGAGCUGUCCUGGACUUCCCUGACCAGCUGCACUUCUCCGUCUGUCCAGUCAACUACAGCACUCAGAAAACACUGCUGAUUCGCAACGUUGGUAACCAGGAGGCCCGCUACCGCAUCAGCACUGAGAGACACGUGUCAAAUUCCCGGAGCAAGCUCUACUAACUUUACUUGCAGUGCCAGCACAAAGUCUUCACUUCAUAAAUAUCUACUUGUCUUUAUGCUGGGACAGCUGCUGCUGGGAGCUGGAGGAACUCCGCUAUAUACUUUGGGGACAGCUUUUAUUGAUGAUAGUGUCCCAAAACACAAGUCUUCCCUUUAUAUAGGAACUGGCUAUGCCAUGUCACUGCUGGGUCCUGCUAUUGGCUUUGUCUUAGGAGGGCAGCUACUUAAUAUUUAUAUUGAUAUCCAGAUCCCAGAAAGUACAAAGUUGGAUCAAGAUGACCCACGUUGGCUUGGAGCAUGGUGGAUACCGUUUCUUGCAUGUUCUUUUGCCAUUUGGCUUCUUAUAAUACCUUUUUUGUGCUUUCCCAAACACCUACCAGGAACUACAAAAAUUCAGGCUGAAGAAAUCUCUGAGACACAUAAUGAUGGAAGUGCGGCACUUGCUGAGAACCAGAAUAUUGGAAAAAGUUUUAAAGACUUUCCUGUGGCACUUCUGAUACUGUUGAAGAAUCCAGUGCUUAUGAGUCUAAUAAUAGCCAGUUCUUCAGAAGCUUUAGUUGCCACUGGCUUUGCCACAUUUCUACCAAAGUUUAUAGAAAAUCAGUUUGGCGAGACGUCAAGUUUUUCAGCAACUCUUGGAGGGCUUGUGUUAGUUCCAGCAGCAGCACUAGGCCAAAUCAUAAGUGGCAUCUUGGUUUCCAAGUGCAAAAUGGAUUGCAAAAGCAUUAUCAAGUUCAUGAUGGGCACUUGUUCAGUGGCCCUGCUAUGCAACUCAUUGGUUUUAUUUGCUAAAUGUGGGAAUGAACCCUUCGCAGGUGUCUCUGAAACAUAUAAUGGAACAGGUGUGCUCUAUGGCUUAACAGCACCAUGUAAUGCUGACUGCAGGUGUUUGCGUUCCAUGUCCUACCCAAUUUGUGGCAGAGAUGAAGUGCAGAACUUUUCUCCCUGUUUCGCAGGAUGUGCAUCACAUCUCUUUAACAACAUGAAAAAGACGUACCACAACUGUUCCUGUAUUGGGAACCCAAAAAGAAAAAGUGAUUCAGAAGACUUUUUUUUAUGAAGCUGUCCCUGGGAAAUGUCCAACACAGUGCAAACUUGUACCUUUUCUCCUGACCUUCGUCUUUUUUGCUGUUGUUUUUACAUGUAUGGCUAUUACUCCAACAACUGUGGCCAUUCUCAGGUGUGUGCCAGAUAAACAGCGCUCGUUUGCUCUUGGAGUACAGGAAGUAUUUCUGCGACUGCUGGGUAUGAAUUUCUUGUUGACACACUUGCCUUUGAAUAAUCUACUUAUUUGACAUUUUUCUAAAUGUUUUCUAGAAUAACACAUCAAGAAGCUUUCAGAGGAGCUUGAAGCGGCCUAUUAUUGACUUAUAGAAAACAUUUUUUAUAAAGCAAGUGCCACCUGAAUUUAAAUUCUUAUUUAAUGGGGGAUGUGUGCUCACAUGAGCUUUUCUUGUUCUUACUAGCACUAACGAAGGAUUAGUAACUGUCAUUCUUAUGGCUAAAGGUACCUUCUGUCACCUCCCCCGAAGAAGGCCUAUUCUAAAACCUGAGAUAAGAAAAAGUGGUGUCAUAGAAAGCAGUUUCAAGUUCCAGAAGUUAAAAGGAAUAACACUGUCUCAUACUGUUGUAUUCUUAUUUGCAAUGCUAGUGUAUUCUAAAUUAGGUAGGUGGAGUCUUCCUUCUUGUCUCUUCCCUUUCAGUUCCUUUGACUAAUUUUAACCUUUCUUGAAAUUGUAGACACUUGUAUGUGAAUAAUUACUGAGUUUUUAUGUGGGAAAUCUAUUACUUAAUUUCUAAAUCUAAGCAUUUCCAGGAUCUCAGUGGGACAGGUAAAUCACCUUAAAUAAAACAAAGCUAUAAGUAACUAUUCUUGGAACUACUCAUUUGAAUUUUCCCAGGCAUAUUUUAAACUCUUUUCUUAGACACUUUAUAAGCAGCAUGUGUAAUUCAAGACUGGAUCAAGGUUUAGUUACUGCAUAGACUUUGAUAUCAAUAUUUAGUACUACAGCCAUUCCCUGCCACUUAACAUCCCAUAUCUAGUGUUGUGAGGUCUGCUUUGCUAUACCUGUUGGAACUCCAGUUAAUCUGAGUAAUUCUAGAAAUAAAGCCUAACAAGACUAAGCAUCUUUACAUAUAAUUAGCUGGAAGGUAGUAUUAAGUGUUGUUUGAGGACUUCUAUGUUUCAUUUUACUUAAAGUAUCUGUUGCUGAGUCUUUACUCUCAAUACUGUGGAGCGAGGAUAGGAGUGCUUUUUGUACAGCUUGUGCUGAAUGUGGCUAAAGAAGACAGCAACUGGCAUCAUUACUACCAAAAAGAUAUUUAUGCUGUGGUCUUGAGGAAUCACACAGGGGUUCUAGACAGAAGAGCUGUAGUGAGGACAGGUGCUGCCUGUUAGCUCAAGAACAGUUUAGGCCUUGGCUAGUUUAGGUAGACAUGCACUGAUCUACCGAGUGCAUUUAUCUUAUGGCCUUUACCUGGAUGCAAAAUACUUGUGCUUUAUAAAGCACUGUUGUAACAAAAAUCACACAGAUCUAAAAGUUCUACACAGGAAUAACUGUAAAUGUUACUCAUUUUAGGUGAUUUUUUUCCUGGAAGCUUGGCAAUAUCUAAUGGAUGGGAAAAAUGUAUAGUUGAACAUGUUAACAUCAUAAUAUUUAAGUUCUCUGAAUUUGGAACUUGUUAAUGUAUAUCAUCAGAGAGAAGGGUUGUCUUUUCAGUUAAAAUCGUGCUUCCUUGAUUAGCUGUUUUUUUCCCUUAGUUUUAAUCACAUUUUUCUUUUCCAGUGGAGACUGAGGAAGUUGUGAACCUCAAGUCUUUGGACAAACUUCUUGCUUGAUAAAGUGAGAGCUGUAUAAAAAAUUAACUGAUGCUCUAUGCAUUCUACCAGUUAACUGAAAGUAGUGGAAGAGGCACACUUGCUAUGUAAUAUGAGCCCUCUGACUUCUGUUAAAAUGUAGUGUUCACUGUGUGGACAUCCCAUUUCAUCUUCCCCACCAGCCUGGCAAUUCACUGUAUUAAGACCAGGUAAGGCUAUUCCGGGUAACUCAAACAUUCUAACAUUUUUGUUGUGCGUUUUAGGUACUAUUCCCGGACCAAUUUUGUUUGGUGUUGCUAUAGACAAUAGUUGUACUCUGUGGGAUUUUAAUGAAUGUGAAACUAAAGGAGCAUGUUUGGUUUAUGACAAUGGAAGAAUGGCUUAUCUUCUGAUGGGCAUA